AAUUAAUGAGUGUUGCGUGGGUGGGCUGACAGCAUGUCUACAUGGCGGGACAGAGACGAGAGAAAGAGAGGUAGAGAUGACUAUGAUGUCCCUGACGGCCCGCCCUACAGCAAGAGGGGGAGGAGGAGUGACCCUUCAGGGUACCGUGGGAGAGGGGGCGGGGCUUGGAAGGAUGAAAGGAAAGUGGAAUUGUCAACUGAAGAGAAAUUAGUUUCGUUAAUUGAAAGAGUUGGAAACGAUACGAAAGGUUUAUUAGAAAAUACUAUUCAAAGUUUGGCAGACAUUUUAAUACCGGAAAUGGACGAAUACAAAGACAAGAUAAUGCAAACAAUUAUGAGAUGCGCCAGAGAAUAUUCAGAGAAAAUGUCAAUAUAUUCGACACUAGUAGGAGCACUGAACAUGAAGAAAUCUGACAUUGGAGAGGAGUUUGUUGAUUUGUUGAUUGAAGACCUAAAGUCAGCACUGACAAUGAAUAAGUUCUUAAGCGUCAAAUCACUGGUGAGGUUCCUUUCUGACCUAACCAAUGCUAGAGUAGUCCCUCUAUCAUCAAUAGUGUCUCUAUAUGACACACUAAUAACUGUCACCUAUGAACCAGGAAUAUCCCAGUUGAGGUCUGAUUGGUACACGUACGUUCUCCUCUCCUCCCUCCCGUGGGUGGGAGGGGAGCUACAGCAGAAGAGACAAGUGGAACUGGACAGACUAUUAUCAGCAAUUGGAGGAUACAUGAGUAAGAGGACCACUAAUUAUCUUCCUGCUCUCCAGUCCUGGCAGUCCGACCGUCCCUACCCUCAGAGAGACCAACUGGACCUGUUAUGGUCUCAGGUACUGAAGAUGAAGGAGGAAGGUUGGAAGGAGGGAGUUCUUGUACGACCAUACGCUCCAUUAGAAUCCGAACUCUCCUCAGCUUACGGACACCCGCUCCCUAAUAUAAUAAUACCAGGCCACACCCUUGACUCCGCCUACCCCCUCCCAUCCACUGUGUUCCGGUGUAUUGGUGAAUCAGACCUUCCUCCUCAUGUCGGUCCCAGUCUACCUCAAUCAGAGUCAAUCAAUAGAUAUCUGAUCACCGAUAUCAUCAGUUCAAUCAUCAACUCUCACACAGGGAACAGGAAGGCCUGUGCCCACCAGCUGAAUGUCGUAAUAGAAAGGCUACAUCACUUGCCAGUAGAGUACAUGACGGCUGAGGUCUUAUUUGGAUUCAUAUUCACCCUCCCUGUCCCUCCACAUUCCCUCCUGUACUAUGGGUCACUGACCAUUGAGUUAUGUAAACUAAGACCUGCUACAUAUCCUGUCAUUCUAACUCAAUUAAUCGAUAUUCUAUUUUCACAACUCGAUCACAUCAAUUUUGUCGUUGCCGAAAGGUUUGCCUGGUGGUUUUCGUAUCACCUCAGUAACUAUGGUUACCACUGGGACUGGAGCAAAUGGGUGUGGUGUUUACAGUGUGCUCCUGAUAGCCCGCCUUGCUGGUUUGUUAAACAGGUUUUUGAGCGAUGUAGCAGAUUAGGAUCUCAUGAAGUAUUUUCGGAACUGGUACCAGAUGAUUUCAAACCACUCCUGACCCCGCCCAACGAUUCUUACUACCUCUAUGCUGAAGAUGGAGUUCAGGGUUUUGAGGUUGCUAAGCAACUCGUUGAGUCGAUGAAAGCUAAAGUACCACUGGAGAGGCUGAAGGAGGUGCUUGAUGGAACUGACAUUGGGAAUAAUUCAGAAGAACAAUUACUGGAGCUAAAGGUAUCAAUACUCACUCACUGUAUCUUGCAUAUUGGAGAUAAAACCAUCAGUCACUGCUUCACUGCUUUGCACAAAUUCCGAUCACUAUUGCUGGAACUCCUAGAGACUGAGAAUGCAAAGUUAUACUGUCUGUCAGCUGUGGGAGAAUUCUUUGAAGAAAAUACUCAAUUGCACUGUUUAGUGAUAGAUAGGUUAGUUAGGCAAGAGCUCAUUGAUAAUGGAUCAAUCAUUAAAUGGUGCUUCACCUCUUCCAAUCACCCUGACUUCACCAGUCGGCUGUUUUGGGAUAUAUUAAGAAGCUCUUUCUCUCGAGUUAAUAAAAGUUUACUGCAAUGUGAGAAAGAACUGGAAGAAAUCAAAGAAAAACUUCAAAAAACAACAGGUCUUGAUGAGUUAGUUGAUGGAACUGAAGACAAACAAGAGCUGGAGUGGAAGAUACAAGAACUGGAAGAGAAAGUGGAGGAAAGAAGCACUGAACAGAAAGAAGUCUUCCUAUCAACCUGCCGAUAUUUAAUUGAGUCGCUAUGUUCCCAUUUAUCGACUUGCGAUGAAGAAGGAACUGAUUAUGAAACUACCUGGUACACCUGUAUCACUGAUAAUACCCGCCAGUUAUUAAUACAGUAUCACACUGUCUAUCGACAAUAUUCAUAUUCGUUAGAGAGCGAUUGUUUUGGGGGCGGAGUCGACUUAAGAGUACAAGAAAUAUACAAACAAUUUCAAGGAAUACUUUAAUAACUUAUUAAUAACUGUUAAUAAGUAUUAAUAACUGCUACUGUACAUUUGUUGUACAUGUGUUUAAAAAUCAGUGACCCUUCCUUUUCUUUCCCAGUCACCA